AUGCCGGUGAGUGCGCAACCAUCGAGCGAGCAGAUCCAGGGCGAGAGCAGCCGCUGGAAGGACAGAGAGCCCCCACCUUCCUUUGAUGGACGGAGCCCCGACAAGGAGUUUCCGCGUUGGUUGAAAGAGUUGGAGUUUUGGAAGUACGAGACGGAGAUCCCCAGGGAGAAAUGGGGUGUGAAGGUCUUCAGACAACUCCAAGGCUCUGCUAAGUCGGUCGCAGAUAGCAUGACGUUUGAAGAGCUGGCUUGCGAUAAGGGACUGGACAACCUGAUGAAGGUUCUCAAAGAGCACUAUGAUCCCCAUCUGCAGGUUUCCCUGCCAAAGGCCUUCGAAGAGGCGAUCUACGGUGACAUUCGCUCGGCAAAGGAGUCGUUCAGCGAUUACGUCAUCAGACUCGAGCGCAACUUCAAGGAGCUGGAGAGGCAGGGAGUCAAGCUUCAUGAACUAGUGGUUGGCUAUGUGAUGUUCAGGCAUGCUAAUCUUACCGAUGUUCAGGAAGCUCAGAUGUUGACCUGGGGCUCAGGGAAGUACGAUCGGAAAACUGUGAUCGAGAACUUACGCAAGCUAGACAAGGGCAUCUUCGACGUCAAGCGGAGAAACCACGCGUACCUGCUGGAUGGAGAUGACGAUCUUGGCGAAGAAGAAAUGGAAGGCCCUGAAGCCUUCCUCCAACAGGGUGAAGAUGAGGCGGAGUCGGACGGCGACGAGGACUACGUGUACAUCGGCGAGGAGGACUUGAAGGAUGUGUACGAGGAGGAGCACAUCAGCUACAUACCAGGACGCUACUAUCCCUCCGGAAAGGGAUCUUCGUCCCCAAAGGGCUAUGGCAAGGGCUCUGGAAAGGGCUCUGGCAAGGGCUCCGACAAGGGCUACGACAAGGGCUACGGCAAGAACCGUCCGAUGCUGGACUUCCGUGGCAAGGGCAAGGGACAGAUGAAGUUUGGGAAACAUGGAACCAAGGUGCACAUCGACCUACUCAAGCUGAGAACAAAGUGUGCAAGGUGCGGCGCAGUUGGCCAUUGGGCUCGGGAGUGCACGAACGCUCCAGACGAGAGAGGCCGCGCGUCGUUUCCCAAGUCUCCCUCGGCUUCGACAUCGUCCCCCUCGACUAGGUCAGGCUUCUUCGUGGAGUCGAGUGGACAUGCACGGACCGACGCGCUGUUCACCGAAAACGAGUCCGUGAGCUUUAUGUCGUACUUGCCUACCUUCGGUAAGAUACUUUCUUCGGUCCUCAACAAAGAGACGCUCGUGCAACCGCAACUGCUGGAACCUCAAAGUGAAGAUCCCCCUCCAAGCUUUGUUGGCGUUUGCACCCGAGCCGGCGAAGGUAUCGUCGACACGGCAGCCCAGGACGGGCUCAUCGGCAAGGCUGCAUUGUUGGAGCUUGCAAGUGUGUUGCGUGGAUACGGAUUGCAGAUCAAGUGGAACACGAAGAAGCAAGCCCAAGCCAGCGGUGUGGGAGGAAAGGCAAAGGUCAUCGGCGUUGCAGAGAUUCCUGUGGGUCUUGCUGAGGCGGUGGUGGACCUCGACACCGAUCGCCUUUGCCUCAAGGCCUAUGGGGUUGAAACAGGAAUGCAUGCCGUACCUUCUGGACACAUGGCGGUUUCUGUGACAGAGUUUGCGCCAGAGGGUUGGUCUUUGCCGAAAGCUGCUGAGAGUGAGCGCAUGAAACAUGAGCAGUUCGUCCUUGCAAGCAGUGGUUUUCUUCAGAGCAUGUAUCCUCUCGAGAAGAGCCCCGAGCGCCGAGUGCAAUUCGAAGUCGGUGAGAAAGAUGGCUCAGCUGCUGUUGCAUCGGAUGAUGGAUCAACGAAGCCGGGACGGAUACUCGGCGACAAGAUGAUCGACCUCAUGGGUCUGGUAAGCAUGCGGGAAGGAGUGUUCGCUUGGCUACCAGAUGGCUCGCAGGCCUCAGACAAGCAGCUGGAGUACGCGAAGAUUAUCAAGGUCUCCACGUUCCUUGGGAUUCGCAAGACCAAGGACCCUCCCCUCAGGAGCCGAGAGAUGUGCGAACAUCCUACUAUCGAGCUGAAGGGUGGUGGAAACCAGUAUGCGAGGGAAGUGUGGUGCAAUGUGUGCAAGAGCCGCUGGCAGUACCUCAGCCCGGACAAGCUCAACGAGAAGAUCAAGGAGCUCGAGAAGUUCAAGAGCAAGCCCAGCACUCCGAGAAUGACGGCAGGAUCAAUGGAUCAGGGUCAGGCCUCAAGGACCCCGCAGGUGCUAUGUCAGUGCGGAAAUGUGACAACACGCUGGGAAGUGAAGAAAGCCGGGCCAACGCAGGGACGCCACUUUCACCGAUGCCGGGACCGAGUGUGCGAGUUCUUUCAGUGGGACCAAAGCGAGCAGAAGAUCCUGAAGUCCAGGCUGGCGAGCACCAUGGACGAGAUGAUGGAGAUCGAGGAGCCGGAUGGUGCGAUCCCGAACCCCCUGGAGGAGCUACAGGCCAAGACUCAGGCCCAACUUGCGAGCCAGGCCCGCGUGCACCACGAGGAAGUGAACGAACUCAAGGUGCAACUAGCGUGGAUGCAGAUUGGUGCAUGCAAGAAAGUUGCAAAUGCGGGCACUUUGCUUGCAUUCCUCGACCCCAUGGACUAUGCCACUGAACCGUUCAUGUUGGCUGUGUUUGUCGAUGACGAGAGCAUGAAUGUGUGGAGUGAGGAGUCGGGUAAGAUCAAGGCCCUCUCGGCAGGAGAGCGCAAGCGAACCUCUCAGAACAUCAAUCUCCUCAUGAAGGGCAUGUCCACACAGCAACACAGCCCGGUUGUCGAGGCAGUAUCACCCUAUGGAAUUCACAAGUUUGUCGAGUGUGAUCAGGCGAUGGCCAUUUUGGAGCCGCCUGGAAAGCAGCAGUUUUGGGUACAGCUGAGAGACAAAGGCCCCCGUUGCUUGAUACUACAGCCGGAUCGUGAUGAAACCAGUUUGCAGUUGUCAAUCGAUGCAGCGGAGUGGCAGAAUGCGCAAGGAGGUGUCUUUGUGGUUCUGUGCGAUGAAGAUGAUGAGAGUUACUGUCGGCAAGGACUGAGUGAUCAAGGUGAAGUAUUCGCAGUGAAAAUGAAUGGUCGCUAUGUGAUUCUCAGCAACCAUGCAAGUCUUCCAGGUCGAUUGAAAGAUAUGGCUGAGAACGGUUUGAAGUUUCGCCUUGAGGACACCAACGAUCUUCCACAGAAGCCAGAGGCGCACCUUGAGGACACCAACGAUCUUCAACAGAAUCCAGAGGCGCACUCUCACAACGAGAGCUUCAUGUUUGACGAUUAUGAGAAUAUCCCUGAGGACACCGACGAUCUUCGACAGAAUCCAGAGGAGCACGACUGGUCCCAAGGACAUUGUUCAGGAAGCAAGUCCUUUCUCACGCUUGGUCAAGUCAAUGUCUUGGAGUUCAGAGCAGAACGUCUUUUACGGGAGCGAGACUUCUCUUUCAUGUCCAUGGAGAAGCUGUGCGAGACCCUUCAGUUCAGACAGGCAUCGUCCAGGCAGAGUGUGGAGAAUGGGUUGUACCUCUCUCUUGGCCUCUAUGCCCACGGCAAAAGCAAUGGAGUCACGAAUUUGGCCAAGAAGCUUCCCAAAUUUACUGAGUACGUCAAUCGGGUGUUGAAGUACCAAUGCAAGUGUGCUGGGAUCUCAAGGCCUACCUGGACGUCGGUCGCAAUUGGGUUGAAUGCAGGCAGUCUUCCACACAAAGACAACCACAACAAGCGUCUUACAAAGAACUAUAUCUUCUCCGUUGGAAGACACCAAGGCGGAGGAUUGUGGACGCAGACAUCCUCUACUACCAACAAGUCGACGUGGAGAACUAUGCCAAAUGGAUCUACAGUGGCUGGUGAGGUGCAUGACAUUCACUACAAGGCUGCCGAGUUUGAUCCUCGGGCGUGGCAUGCUUCAAUGCCCUGGACAGGCACCCGGUUUGUGAUCAGUGCCUUCACUUCCCGAGCAGUCGACAUGGUUGAUACCAGGGACUCGAAGCUCCUCAGGAAGAUGGGCUUCAUGCUGCCCCAGGAUGCCUUCGUCUACAUGUUUGAUGGUACAGUGCAGUUUGGAAUCGGACAGUUCUCCCAGGUGUAUGUGGAGGAGGAUGAGCAGCGGUUCGAGCCGGUGACGGAAGACCAGCAGGACGUCGAGGACUCUCGAGAUGCACAUGUGGAUGAUGAUUUGGACCCAACGGCCGAAGAGGAGAGGCUGAUCAAGAAGCUUCAUGAGAACCUUGGCCAUCCCAGGCCCUUGGACAUGGCCAGAUCGUUGCGAUUGGCACAUGCAAAGCCCCAUCUUGUGAGGUAUGUGGCAAAACGGUUCAGUUGCGCUACAUGCGAGGCAAAGCCACGACCAAAACCGGCUAGACCGGCAAUUCUUCCCAAAUCCUACGAGCCGGGCAAGGUUGUGGGAGUGGAUGUGGUCUUUCUUCAAGGACUGGACCCCAGACAGAGCUUUCCGGCUCUUUCAAUGGUGGAUUGGGGUACCGGUUACCAAAUGGUGGAGCGACUUCGGAGCACGGAGUCGGACCACACCUGGAGGACCUUUAUGAGGACGUGGGCCAGGGUGUUCGGUGUUCCUGACAUCAUUGUUGCAGACUUGGGUUCCGAGUUCAGAGGUCACCAUGGCAAGCUGGAAAGACUGAGAGAGCCGGAGCCCAUUUCAAACACAUCUAUGAGCGUGCCAGAGAAUCCACCCACAUCAGCUCUUGGGAAGAAGUCAAGCAGAUUGGACACAAUCUUCGACUGCCAGGGUCUCUACUUUCAGACGAUCAUUUGGAUCCUCAGCUGGUUGUCCAAGGCCUACAUCAAGUCUCAGACCGAGGUGGCCCUGUCAAAGGCGAAGAAUGCAAGAAGCAGAAUUCCGGUGGACUUCAAUGCAGGCCCACAAAUCAAGGAAACCUACUUGGGUAGGGCGUUCCAGGAGAUGAAGAUGAUCAAGUUGGAGAACCAGAAGGCCUCGAACCCCCAGCUCAACGACCACGGCUUCGGCAAGCCUCUGAAGUACCUGUACCGGAUGAUCCAGAGGAGCUGGAGUAUGCUCCAUCAGAACCUGAUGUACAACAAGCUCCUCAACUUGAUGUACCACAACCACAGAAUGAAGAUCUUUCAGGUUGACUCCGGAAACUACAAGGAAAAGGGAGUUCAUGAAUGGUACUGUUUUGAAGAAGGAAAGUGGAGACGGGAACAGGAUGAAUGGGAGUUCAUCAACCCCAAUUUGGUGGUUCGUCGACAUCGACUUCCUCGGGAUCACCUCUGCAACCCCUCCAAGAUCAAAGGAACACUGAUGCCCAGAAGGCUCAAGGUUCGACAAACCUUUAUGGUUAUGGAGGACGGGACUAUCGACAAGAGCAAGGACUUCUGGUUCAAGCAGAGGAAAAACAAGACGGCCACAAGCAAGCCAUGGACGGGCUUCACAGUGUUCUCCAACAAGGAAGUUGACCUCGAAAACUUCAUGGUUGGGAAGGCUAGAGGACAAGGCGAGGUGUACGAGCACGAGAUCAAACCGGAUGAGUGGCCGGAAUGGAGGAAGUCGGACAAGGGCGAAUGGGACAAAGUCGAGAGCACGGGCGCAAUCAAAGUGUUGAUGGUUCGACGGUGGAAACCUGCAGAGCAACCGGGCAAACCUCCAACCCGGAAGAGCAGAUGGUGCUUGAGGGGAGACAAAGAUCCAGAUCUUCUGGAGCUAGAUCGACAUGCCCCCACUCUCAACACCACGUCGUUUGGAGUGCUGCUUCAAAUAGCAUCGUCUAUGAAAUACCCCGCAGCGGUUGGAGACUUGAAGAAUGCCUUCUGCCAGAGCAUGCCCUUACUACGUCGACAAGGCAGGUUGUACGCUUCCCUUCCUAAGAGCGGCAUUGAUGGACUUCAUGAAGAACAAUUGGUUGAAAUCAUUGCCGGAGUCUACGGACUAGGGGACUCUCCUCAACACUGGCGCAAGACGCUGCGUGAAGCGAUUUUAGCUUUGGGCUACCGUGAAUCUCUUCUAGAUCCUACCGUCUACUAUUUGCAGACGCAGGAGAUCCUCGACGGUGCGAUUGCAGUGGAAGUGGACGAUUUGUUCACCUUUGGGAAUGCGGUGCAUCAAGGCCGUAUGAAGCAGCUCCAGGAGAAGUUCCAGUUUGGGAAAUAUGAGGAUGUGAUGAAGUGUCCAGAAGGAGUGGGAUUUAACGGUCGUAGAAUCCACCAGCUCCCAAACUACGAGUUUGAAAUCGACAUGUUCAAAUUCGUUGAGGAAAGACUGAGUCCGGUGCAGCUCAGCAAGGGCAGGAAAGCCAAUGCCAAAAUGCUCGCGAAUGACAGCGAAGUGAACCAGAUGAGAGCGGUGGUUGGUGCGCUGAACUGGCUAGCAAAGGAAGGAAGACCAGAUGCUGCAGCCGCCGCAUCCCUGGGAGCCAGUACUUUUCCAAAGCCUACGGUGCAAGACGUGAUCGACGUGAAUCGAGCUGUGUCUAUGUUGAAAGAACGUCCCGAGCUGAAAAUCCGGAUCCGCGGGAUUUCGCCGGAGAAACUCUCAUGGGGAGUUGUUUCAGAUGCGAGCUUCGCCAACGCCUACGCGGGACAUAGCCAGGGCGCCUAUGCCAUCUUGGCCUUUGACGACAGCCUCAAGGAUGGUUACCGAGUUCCAUGUUCAUUGAUUUCCUGGAGGAGUGGACGUAUCCAAAAGGUUGUCAAUUCCACUUUGGCAGCGGAAACUCAGAGCUUGAGCAAAGGACUGGGUGAACUGUGCUGGGUGGCAUCACUCUACAACGAGCUCAUGGACGUCAACUUUAAGUUGUCCGAAUGGGAGCAACGGCUUCAAGGGAACAGGGUUAUCACUAUGGCCCCAGAAGACUCCAGCGAGGAGCUCAAAGGAAGCCUGUGCAUUGUGGAUGCUAAAGCACUUUAUGAUCACCUCUCCAAGGAGACUGCUGGCCCAUCAGCAGACAAGAGGACUGGUCUGGAAAUUCAGGUCAUCAGACAGAGCAUGAGUGCCAUCAACAGUGAAGUUCGAUGGGUACCUCACCCCCGCAUGGUGGUGGACGGCUUGACUAAGAAAGGAGCUAACAUGAACGCUCUGUACGACUUGUUGGACAGUGGAGAGUACCAGAUCGUCGACGAGGCCCAGGCUAUGGAAGAGAAGAAGCUUGAGCGUGAGCACCGUGGCUACAACAGACGCUGA